GUUAGCUGGGGCGGAUACUGCCCGACUCUGGCGGUGUGCGGGAGAGCAGGCAGACUCCCAGGCCUCCGAGUCAUCUCUUCCCUCUCAAGCGGGUCCUACCCAGCCUCCAGCUUCGUGUCCUGACGGAGGCCAGAUCUUUAGUGCUGCAGCCGGAGGAAUGGAGCUUGACGGCGCGAAGGAAGCACCGCGGGAAGGCUCUUCCUUGCCUGGAGAGAGGUCUCCCUCUGCCCUCGAACAGAAUUUCUCCAAGAUUUUGCACCGCCUUAUAGGCCAGGAGGCACGACGGAGCAACUCAAGAGAUGCCGCUCUUAGAGACCUCGGUGCUCUAUUAGAAGCCACGGAAAGUAACCGAUUAUUUGAGGGGUGUGACGAGUCGCACCGUGGAAUACCUGAAGUACUGGGGCAAGUGGCAAAAGCCCUGGGAAAGUAUGCAGACCCACCCAGGGAAGAGGAAGGUGGAAGCAAUGGUCACUCCGAAGUAGCCGAGAAAGCAGCAGAAGUUGGGUUACUCUUUCUUAAACUGUUGGGGAAAGUCGAGGCUGCCAAGAAUUCUCUUGUCUGCCCUGCAUGGGAGACAGGCCUAGGUCACUUGGCAGGACCCAUCUAUGUUUUCAGUAUCACACAUAGUUUGGAGAAACCAUGGACCAGCCCAAAAUCUCAGGAGGUUGCUGGAGAGGUGCUCACUUUACUGCUUAGAGUUACUGAAUGCAGUUCUGUGGCAGGAUUCCUACGCGGAGAAAAGGAAGAUGAGAAAGGGAAAUUUAUUGUGGUAAUGGGGCUUCUCAAACCACAUUUGAAUAAGGAAACCUGGAAAAAUAACCCUGCUGCCAAACAUGUUUUCUCAUGGACUCUGAAACAGGUCACUCGACCCUGGCUAAACCAACACCUAGAAAGGAUACUUCCCCCAUCAUUGCUCAUCUCAGAUGAUUAUCAAACUGAGAACAAAAUCCUGGGUGUACACUGCCUCCAUCACAUUGUGCUUAAUGUGCCUGCUGCUGAUUUGCUUCAGUUUAAUAGAGCCCAGGUCAUAUACCAUGCCAUUUUCAACCACCUGUACAUGCCAGAGCACAAACUUAUUCAGGCUGUGCUCCUGUGUCUCCUGGAUUUAUUCCCCAUCCUGGAGAAAGCCAUGCACUGGAAGGGAGAUGCAGCUCGCCCCACCACACACUGUGAUGAGGUACUGCAGCUGAUCUUAACCCACAUGGAGCCAGAGCACCGCCUUCUCUUACGUAGGACUUAUGCAAGAAAUCUACCAGCUUUUGUGAAGAGGUUGGGAAUCCUAACUGUACGACACUUGAAGAGGCUGGAGCGAGUCAUCAUUGGUUAUCUGGAGGUUUAUGAUGGACCAGAAGAGGAGGCUAGAUUGAAGAUAUUAGAAACCUUAAAACUUCUCAUGCAGUAUACGUGGCCCAGAAUUUCUUGCAGACUUGUGGUCUUACUAAAGGCCCUCUUGAAACUGAUAUGUGAUGUAGCAAGGGACCCAACCCUUACACCUGAGCCCAUUAAGAACACCCUGCUACAGGAGGCCACAGACUGCCUGAUUCUCUUAGAUCACUGUUCUCAAGGACAAGUAAAGGAUCUCUUGGCCAAAAUUCUCUUAAGCUGUGAAGACAGAACAGUGGUGAGCUGUAUCAGAAAAGUGCAGCAAGUUUCUGAAGGAACUCCCUACCAUGAAACUUAAGAUUGCUCCCUAAGAGAAAAGAAUUUUAUUUCUAUUCCAGAUUGUACAAAUGGAGUUAUGAAAAAGGAAUAGGGAAAGGAGAACAAGAGGACCUGCAAUUUCUAAAUAAAGUUUGGGAGGGGGAAAAAAAAGGACACCAAGGAAUUUAGUGCUAAAAUUUAUAAGUAUUUACAUCCACAAUUUCAUUCCAGUUUCAGGGACUCAUCUGUUACGCUUCUUGGGCUCAAGCUGUGAUUGCCAACACGUGGUAUAAAAAUACUCUUCAUACAACUUAAGGCUUUCUUGCACUCAAUCCAGAUUUCUUGCCCCACUGAAGUGGCAUAAAUAUUAAGAACAUAAGUAUUGUGUGAAACACUACAUAAAAGAGCAAAAACUGGAGGUGUAUGUUUAAGAUAAAAAAAAAAAGUUCAAAAUGUUCAGUCCUGGUUAUAAAUGUUAGUGGAAAAUCAUGUGGUUUUGGUCUUGGCCACGGGCUCUGUUUCCUGUUCAUACUCUAUCUCUACAUAGGCUCGUUUUCUCCUCAAAGGUCCUUUCAAGGGUGUUUUGCCUUUGUGUUUUGCAUGAAGGGUUUUUUCUUCUUCCUCUUCACUGGAGGAUUUAUCAUCCUGAUCUUCAUCACCACUGGCAUCCAGCUUAUCCA